UGCCAUUAAAUGGAACUUCAGCAAGAGAGAAGCCUCUCUUCACAGCCAAGUGAAUUCAGGCAUCUUUUCACAGAUGGAGUGUGGAAAGAGGUUCUGUACGAGUGGGAGUCUUCAAUAUCAUCAAAGAACCCACAGAGGGGAGAAACCAUUUCAGUGCUUAGACUGUGGAAAAAGAUUGAGUACGAGUGGCAGCCUUCGAUAUCAUCAAAGAACCCACAGAGGGGAGAAACCAUUUCAGUGCUUAGACUGUGGAAAAAGAUUGAGUACGAGUGGCAGCCUUCGAUAUCAUCAAAGAACCCACAGAGGGGAGAAACCAUUUCAGUGCUUAGACUGUGGAAAAAGAUUGAGUACGAGUGGCAGCCUUCGAUAUCAUCAAAGAACCCACAGAGGGGAGAAACCAUUUCAGUGCUUAGACUGUGGAAAAAGAUUGAGUACGAGUGGCAGCCUUCGAUAUCAUCAAAGAACCCACAGAGGGGAGAAACCUUUUGAAUCUUUGGAGACUGAAAAGAGAUCCACCACGAGUGGCUACCUUCAGUAUCAUAAAGGAAUCCGCACAGGGGAGAAACGGUUUGAAUGUUCAGACUGUGGAAAGCGGACUCAGUCAGAAGAGACAUCUUAG